AUGGUACAAAUUUUUAGUUUAUUUUCACCAUUAAUUCCAUUUUUGAAAUUUUCUAAUUAUAAUAAAAAUAAUAACAAUAACAAUAACAAUAACAAUAAUUAUAAUAAUAAUAAUAAUAAUAAUGAAAAUAAUAAUAAUAUUAAUAAUAAUAAAAAUCAAAAAAACAAAGAUAAUAACAAUAUCAAUGAUAAUAAUAACAAUAAUAAUAAUAAUAAUAAAAUAAAUAUCAAUUAUAAUAAUAAUAAUAAUAAUAAUAAUUAUAAUAAUAAUAAUAAUAAUAAUAAUAAUAAUAUCAAUAAUAAUAAUAAUUUUGAUCAAAAAAACAAUGAUAAUAAUAAUAUCAAUAAUAAUAAUAUCAAUGCAAAAAAAAUAUCUACAAUCACUACAACUACCACAACCACCACAACUACCACUACCACUACAACUUUUUGCAAAAAUAACAAUUACUCAGAAUCAACCUUGAUAUCAGAAAAUCAACCAAUUUCCGUUGCAAAAUCAAAUUUAAAAAGGAAAUUAUCUGAUAUAUAUGAUUCAGAAAAAGAUCAAAGAGAUAAAAAAAAGUUAAAAAUUGAUUCUAAUAACCAAAUUGAUAUUCCACCAACCAGUGCAACAGAAGUUAAUGUAGCCCAAAAAGAAAUAAAUGAAAAUACUCAAGAAAAUAUUAAUAAUAGAAACAAUGACGAAAUUUUUUUAAUUAAUUUCGAAUCUGUAAAAAAUGACGUUAUCCAACAAUUAAAGUCUGAAAGUCACAGAGAAAUAAUUUUUGCUACAAAUUUAUUAGACCAUUAUAUCUCAGAUGAUGGUUUAUUAAAAAAAUUGUCCGGUUGUCAAAAGGAUAGAAUUUUAUUCAUAUUAUUAGAAUUUAUUUUUGAAGAAAAAGGAAAAAAAAGUUGUACAACAGACCUUGCCAAAAAAAAAGCUUGCUCAUUAGUUUCAAAAAUAAUAAUCAAAGAAUGGUUCGAUGAAGAAUCAUUAGAAAGCAUUGAAAAGUGGAUAGUCUCACUUCAAAAUAUUUUAUCAGACCCAAACUCUCCAAUAUAUAAAAUAGAAUGGGUUAUGAAAAUUUUUGGCCAGUUUGAUAGAAUUAAAAAUGAAAAUGGUUUUAAUUCAUUAAAUAGUAAAAAACAAAUUGUAAUCGAUAAAAUUUUUAAUGUUUCAAUAGAACUUCUUAAAAAUCUUAUUGAUUCAAAAAAAAAUAUAAAUGGCCCACAAAAAUCAUCAUCUCUUUUAAAUGAAACUAUUGAAACAAUUUAUUCAUUAUUUGGUUUGGUUAGUGGUUCAAUUCGUUCAGAAAAUUUACAAGUGGUUUUAGAUCUCUUUGACAGAGUAAAUUCUCCAAAAUCUUUUGAAGUAAAAAAGUUUUUGGUUAAUUCAAUCCCAUUUUUUGAAUUAAAUGAAUUGAUAAUGGUAUUGGAGCACUUCAAUUCAAGCCAUAAAAAGUUAAUUGCAAGUGGUAACUCUAACGGCCCAAUUGAUGCUCAAUCUAUUCAAUUAUUUUUUUCAAACAUAUUUGUAGUUGUAGAAAGAAUUGAAAGUGGUGAUUAUAAUAAGGAAAAAAUGGAUAUUAUCUUAAAACUAAUUAAAGAAUCCAUCAAGUUCUCUGGAAUUUUAUGUUACGAGAAUACAUUUAGUUUUUUUGAAAAGAUGUACGCCGAUGUUUUAAAAAUUGUAAACCAAAAAGAAAGAUUACAUAAACUCAAUUCAAUCAAAUGGUUUUUAUGGCGUCUCAAAAAAACAAACCCAAAUUUUAGAUUAGAUCACUUUAUUUCCAUAUUAGAACAAACAAUUUAA